GUAGCACAAAACCUCAUCAACCAUCCUCAGCAUACAAAUCACUUUAAACCAUUUUCUCUUCUAACUUGACUUCCUCAUCUUGAAACUUGGAAACCAGAUCAGCUUUACCAAUCAAAACCUUUUAUUAUCUCUCGUCCCAAUAAUCUCAAUGGCUGCCGUUGCCUCAUUACCACCCUCUCACUUUCCUCGCACCCUCUCUCAACCGAGAGCUCUCCACUCAUCCAAUGUAGAUGAAAGAACCGACCUGGGCGAAGGUACUUCUUUCAAUCAAAAGUCACUCAAUGCGGUCACACUUCUUUCGAAUGGGUUUCCAUCUGCUUUACUACCAACAGAAGAAAUUCCAGGAGACGAUCAAAUCGACGUCAACUCAAAUCACACUUCAACCAGAGAGCAACUUCUUCAACCUCGAAAUUCAGCUCACGCAUCCUUGAAAUCUCGAGGACAGCUUUGGCGGGAUGCGUUGAAAACCCCAAUCGAGUUCACGGCUGGUCGAAGACUGACGACUGGAAAUGAAAUACCUUACGAGCCAAUCAACAGACCCAUUCUUCCUGGCCAAGGCAGAGGCGUGCUGAUAACCGCCAUUGGUCCUCCUACAUCUGAGGACGAUGAGGACGAGGGUCCCUCGGACACGCCGCCGUUGGCUAAAUCCCUCCCUUCGGCUUCGAGCCAACAUCCGGCAGCCAGCGCAUCUUCUGAUCCCUCCGCUUCCACCGCACCAGCUAAAUCAAGCAGUAAAUUGCGAGGCCAGUUGGGUUCUGUUUCCAAGGCGAGCCUGAGUGUUACCAAACCCAUUGCCACCAUCUGGCCUAAACUGCAACGUAUGGGACCUGGCUUUCGUAACGCUGGCAAUACCUGCUUCCUGAAUGCUACACUGCAAGCAUUGGUUUACACCCCUGCCCUGGCUGUUGGUCUCUUAGAUAGACAAGAGCAUACUCGUGAUUCAUGUCGAUUGUCGCAUAUUAAGAACUUUUGCGCUCUUUGUAGUAUGCGCAACCUUAUCAGCAUGUGCCUUGAACCGAACAAAACUGCGAGAGUCAUCGAACCAACACCCAUCACUAACUCUUUGACGAAAAUCGCACCACGCAUGAGAGGCGGUCGGCAAGAGGAUGCUCACGAGUUUCUAAGAUUGUUAAUCGAAGCUAUGCAGAAUGGAGCCCUCGGUGGCCAAGAAGCCCAAGCGAAACAAAAAGACAAGGAGGCAACUUUCAUCCACAGAAUGUUUGCUGGAAAGUUUCGAUCACGAGUCACUUGUCAGCACUGUGAAGGCACCAGCGAUACGUUCGAUACCUUUCUCGAUCUGAGUCUGGACAUCGGCGAAGCCAACAACGUUCCUAAUGCGUUGAGGAAGCUGCGUAAGCUCGAUCUUUUGAAAGGAGCGAAUCAAUACAAAUGCGAAAAAUGCAAACGACUGCGGGAUGCCAAAAAGGAACUGUCGGUCCAUGAGGCUCCUCCCAUUCUCACGCUGCAUAUCAAAAGGUUCAAUUUUAGGGGUAAAAAGAUCAACAAGCGGAUACAAUUCAGCGACUCGCUGGACCUGAACGCAGCUAUGGACAAAGAUGCACCUCACACUCGAUACAACUUGUACGCUGUCGUGUGUCAUCAGGGUCCCAGUAACACCAGUGGGCAUUAUUACUCCUACAUUAAGACGUCGGAUAGACAGUGGUACAGAGCGGACGACUGCUCGAUUGACCGCGUCGACCGUGGUCAGGUGUUUCGCAACGAUGAAGCGUAUAUAUUUUUCUACUCGCGUGACCCGGAGGAUUUCCUGGACGCUGCGAUCCAUCAGGAUCGCCGUUCGGCUACUGCCCACUCGGAAUCCAGUUUACGGAAACGGAAGAAUAGCCAGGCACCGCUCGAUUCCUCUCAGACAGCAUUGGACGGAAGCGAACAACAAUCGAAUGAAGGGACCAAUCAGUUGUCCAAGAGACCAAAGCUGAUUGAUCUGCCAAACUUCAAAAAGAACGCCCAACCCAAGAUAAUCGGGCCCAUGCUUCCUCCCGCUCGGUCGGAGCAACCGACGAACUCCAACCCCCAGGGAACGUUGGAGAACGCUUCACCCCAGCAUUCAAAUUCGAUGGCUGACAUCACCGCCUCCACCAUCGAACCGACUGAGGACCUCGGCGAGAUCGUCCCGCGCCCAAGCACAGGAUCAUCGGGUGGGGGUGCGAAGGGAAAUGGUCAGCAUCAACGUAACAAACCAAAACACCGAGUGCUGAUCAAUGGUAAUAACCAUCAUCGGCAAACCACCCAUCAUCGGCUCAACUCAGUGUCUAACUUGCAACCCAAGAUCAUACGAGGCUGAUUAAUUGAAAAUUGUUGUUCUUGCGACUCAUCGUUGUUACCCUUCAUGCUUGACUAAUUAGCUUUCUCCUUGGCUUCUUUGAGUGCUUCUAGAUUCUACAGCUUCGCCUUAUAUUUGUUCGUUUCCCUAAAAGACCAGCUCAUUUGACCAAAUAGUAAUGAAACGAUCCGCUUUAUAUUUCU